AUGUCUCUUCGAUGCGCAUUGUCGAUGAAACAUGACCUGAAAUUGAACAGAGCUGUUGCAGCUGUUUUUAAUUUCGACUUGUUCUAUUCGGAGGAAUGCAUAGUAAAGGUUGGAAGCGGAAUCACGUUUUCAAGUUGGAAUCACGUUUGUGGAAUCACGUUUAGAGCGGAAUCACGUUUAGGGUUUGGGUCUAGGGUCUAGGGUUUGGGGUUUCUGGUCGUCGGCCAGGGCAGCCGCCGCCGGCCGGCCGGCCGGCGGCGGCUGCCCUGGCCGACGACUCUCUCUUCUCGUUCGUGGAAGGUGGCGGCCACGCACCCUGCCCGCCUUCGUGGUUGUUCUGUCGCUUCCCUGGGGUUCUCCUGGCUCCCGCUGGCCAGCCCCUUGGCCGGCGGGGUGCGUCAUUGAUCCCGGCGGACCGCUGGGCCCGCCCGGCGUUCGUUUAAGUACGUUGUGGGCAUUUCGGUGUCUAAGUUGUUUCACUCAAUUCGAUUCGACAAACGCGAUUCCGCCGCAAACGUGAUUCCGUUAACGUGAUUCCAUGAGUAAACGUGAUUCCAAAAAUGUCAAAACGUGAUACCGCCACCUUCCGUAAAUCGCUGGUGGGGGCUUUUGUGCCACACAAAGACCACAAGAUGAAGACCUCACUCUAGUACAUCACUCUCAUUGAAGAUUUUUUGAACAAUAAUGCAGAGGAUUAUGUACUGAUAUCCUGAGGAGCGAGGAGUUAUACUCUUACUCUCCUUCGCGAUGUAGUAGUUCCUAAUCCUAUGCAUUAUAUGAGAAUUUUUUUUGCAGCAUUGAUGUGGGAGUAGGAGCUCUAGGAGCAAUAUUGCGCGGAUGUAUUGCAACGAACAGUACUAGAGCUUGAUUGAUGUUGGUACCAGCACGCUGGAACUUUUCUGGACCCCCCUAUUGACAAACCGGCACUCGAGAUGAUUAAUUCGCGACCAUUGCUAUCAUGACUCUGCGAAGAUUGCGGGUAUAAAUUAGGCGCAUUUAGAAGUUAUUUACUUUUGCUUGUAAAAUUCCACUUGCAUGAUUUUGUGCCAUAGUAUGGUUGAAUCAUUGUGUUAAGUGCGACGGCGCACCGCUAUAAACGACGAUUUGCAACACAACAGAGUUCAAGUUCUACAUCUGCGUCUACUGCAGCACACCAAUUUGUCGAAACAACACCUGUAUGAUGAUUUGUAGAAGAAUGCAAGCAGUUUUGCGAAUUACAACACCCGCUUAGUUGUGAAUCAAUGAAAGCACUACAUUUAUUUUCUCGUUUUGGUUUAUUUAAAAAAAGAGGCAUGAGAAGUCGACGGAGCUACGAG